AUGGCAAGGUUAGACGAUUUCAACGACAGACAAACACAGAUUGAAGCCGAGAACGAGCUCUACAGUCCAUAUGUUUACCAAGCUGAUAACAACGAAUCUUGGGCGGGAGCUCUCCCUGUAAAGCAAGGGCUUUACGAUCCAAGCCUUGAGAAAGACUCGUGUGGUGUUGGAUUUACCUGUAACAUUAAAGGCAAUCCCAGUCACAAGAUCGUUAGCGAUGCUCGAAACCUUCUAUGUAAUAUGACCCAUCGGGGUGCAGUCGGAUCAGAUGUACGGGAUGGAGAUGGAGCUGGUGUCAUGACGUCUAUUCCUCACAAAUUCUUCAUUAAAAACUUCGAACGCGAGACAGACGUUAAGUUACCUCCGCAAGGCCAGUACGCGGUUGGGAAUCUCUUCUUUAAACCAGAUGAAGAAAUACUGCAAACAUCUAAAAAACAAUUCUGUGAUAUAGCAGAAUCUCUAGGUCUUAGAAUCUUAGGUUGGCGAGUGCCACCAAAAGAUUCAACACUUCUUGGACCUGCAGCUGCUUCUCGCGAGCCAGUUAUUUUACAGCCUUUUGUUGUGCACGAAUCAAGCUACGGCAAGGGAAACGAACCUGAGAUUACGGAUCCCAACCUCUUUGAUGAAAAACACUUUGAACGGCAAUUAUAUAUCCUGCGGAAGCGUGCGACUCAUACCAUUGGCCUUCAUAAUUGGUUCUACCUCUGUUCUCUUUCCAACAAAAAUAUCGUUUACAAGGGUCAACUUGCGCCAGUCCAAGUAUAUCAAUAUUUUUACGAUUUAGUAAAUGCAGAUUACGAGGCCUAUUUUGCUCUAGUCCACUCUCGAUUUUCCACGAAUACUUUCCCCUCAUGGGAUCGGGCUCAGCCCCUGAGGUGGGUUGCACAUAAUGGUGAAAUUAAUUCGCUUCGAGGCAAUAAGAACUGGAUGAGAGCUCGCGAAGGAGUUAUGGCUUCUAACAUAUUUGGCAGUGACUUAGAGUCACUAUACCCUAUCAUUGAGGAUGGAGGUUCCGACUCGGCAGCAUUUGAUAAUGUUCUCGAACUUCUCACUAUCAACGGUGUACUUUCCUUACCUGAGGCUGUCAUGCUCAUGGUUCCUGAGGCCUGGGAAGACAAUGCUUCCAUGGACCCGUCAAAAGCUGGCUUCUACGAGUGGGCAGCAUGCCAAAUGGAACCUUGGGAUGGUCCAGCCCUAUUCACCUUUGCUGAUGGUCGCUACUGUGGCGCAAAUCUUGAUAGAAAUGGACUGCGACCUUGCCGCUACUAUAUUAUGGAUGACGAUCGAAUCAUAUGCGCAUCAGAAGUAGGGACAAUUCGUGUCGAUCCGGAACGUGUUUUGCACAAAGGCAGGCUCCAGCCGGGAAAAAUGUUAUUAGUCGACACUCUUGCGGGCCGAAUUAUUGAUGACGCUGAAUUAAAAAAGACCGUCUCUAGACGUCAAGAUUUUAGGGCAUGGGCCCAAAAAGAACUCAUCUCCCUUCCAAAAAUACACGAAGAACUAUGCAAGCUUGACUCACUUGAUCUAGCCGCUCGUCCAGAUAGCUCGUCGAUACAAGAUGAUCCUAUGCUUGCAGCCUUUGGAUACUCCUUCGAACAAGUCAGUCUUCUGCUCGCUCCCAUGGCUUCCGACGAGAAAGAGGCUCUAGGGUCAAUGGGGAACGAUGCACCCCUGGCUUGCUUGGCAAAAGCACCCCGUCUCCUGUAUGAAUAUUUUCGUCAACUCUUUGCGCAGGUCACCAAUCCUCCUAUAGACCCAAUCCGUGAAGCCAUGGUAAUGUCACUUAGCUGUUAUGUUGGUCCCCAGGGAAACUUGCUCGAGAUGAACUCUUCUCAAUGUGGUCGACUGCUCUUGCCGACACCGGUCCUUUCUAUACCUGAGCUGAACUCACUCAAGAAUAUUAACAAGGUCCAUAAAAACUGGACUGUUAGGAUUAUCGACUUAACAUUUCCAAAAUCCGAGGGUAUAAAAGGAUACAUAAAUCACUUGGAUGAAAUAUGUAAACAAGCAACAGCCGCCAUUGAAAAUAAAGACAAAAUCAUCCUACUAUCAGACCGUGCUACCUCUGUUGAUCGGGUGCCUGUGUCUGCUCUCCUAGCGUGCGGAAUGGUUCAUCACCAUUUGGUUAAUAACAAGUGGCGUUCCUUGGCAGCUUUAGUUGUGGAGACUGCCGAAGCUCGGGAAGUACAUCAUAUGUGUGUCCUCGUUGGAUAUGGAGCUGAUGCUAUUAACCCUUACCUCUCCAUGGAGUGUAUUUUGAAGCUAAAUCGAGAGGGCUUGAUCAGAAAAUCUCUGAGCGACGAAUCUAUUAUCCGCAAUUAUAAGUACUCAGCUGAUGGCGGUAUUUUAAAAGUUAUGUCUAAGAUGGGUAUCUCAACCCUCGCCUCGUACAAAGGUGCUCAGAUUUUUGAGGCCCUAGGAAUCGAUGAUACCGUGGUUGAGAGAUGUUUCAAAGGAACAGCCACUAGAAUCAAAGGCAUCACCUUCGAACUUAUAGCCGAAGACGCUUUUAGGUUUCACGAGAGAGGAUUCUCAUCAAGGUAUACUAAGAGUAUACAAGGACUGACUGAAUCUGGUGAAUAUCAUUGGCGCGACGGGGGAGAGCCUCAUAUCAACGAUCCUACCUCUAUAGCCAACAUACAGGAUGCCGUACGUACUAAGAAUGACAAGUCGUAUAAAGCUUACUCAAUAUCUGAGUACGAGCAAAUCAAAGCUUGUACCCUUCGUGGUCUAUUAGAUUUCAAGUUUGACGAAUGCACUCCUGUGCCCAUUGAUCAGGUUGAGCCGUGGACCGAGAUUGUGCGUCGAUUCUGUACUGGUGCUAUGUCUUAUGGCUCAAUUUCUAUGGAAGCUCACUCUACUCUGGCAAUUGCCAUGAACAGACUUGGGGGAAAAUCAAAUACCGGUGAGGGUGGCGAAGAUCCCGAGAGAUCAGAAGUAAUGCCAGGAGGUGAUACCCUACGAUCCGCGAUAAAGCAAGUGGCCUCUGGUCGCUUUGGUGUUACGUCUCACUAUUUGGCUGAUUCUGACGAGCUUCAGAUUAAAAUGGCUCAGGGAGCAAAACCGGGCGAGGGAGGAGAACUUCCAGGUCACAAAGUUUCUAAACCUAUCGCUAGAACCCGUCACUCCACUCCUGGCGUUGGAUUAAUAUCCCCCCCUCCUCACCACGAUAUUUACAGUAUAGAGGAUCUCAAGCAACUUAUCUACGAUUUGAAGUGCUCUAACCCUCGUGCUCGCGUCUCCGUCAAACUUGUCUCCGAGACAGGUGUAGGAGUAGUCGCUUCGGGUGUGGCCAAAGCCAAAGCCGAUCACAUUUUGAUAUCUGGCCACGACGGAGGAACAGGCGCUUCUCGAUGGACUGGGAUUAAAUAUGCUGGGCUUCCCUGGGAACUUGGCUUGGCCGAAACGCAUCAGACUUUGGUAUUAAAUGACCUGAGAGGCAGAGUAGUAGUCCAGACCGAUGGGCAGCUUAGGACAGGUCGUGAUGUCGCAGUUGCUUGUCUACUUGGUGCGGAGGAAUGGGGAUUUGCUACAACCCCUCUUAUUGCAAUGGGUUGUAUAUUCAUGCGAAAAUGUCAUCUGAAUACAUGCCCAGUUGGUAUCGCUACUCAAGAUCCAGAGCUUCGUAAAAAGUUUCAAGGUACACCAGAACACGUUAUCAACUUCUUUUACUACAUAGCCAACGAAUUACGUGCCAUUAUGGCUAAACUUGGGUUCAGGACAAUUAAUGAGAUGGUUGGUCACGCCGAGUACCUCAGAGUUCGAGAGGAUUUGCGAACAAGUAAAACCCAAAAUAUUGAUCUUUCUUUGAUCCUGACUCCGGCUCAUAAGUUAAGACCUGGUGUCGCCACAUUUAACGUGCGAAAACAAGAUCACAGGCUCUACUACCGAUUAGAUAACAAACUUAUCUCUGAAGCGGAGCUGACCCUUGACAAAGGACUUCCAUCCCGAAUCGAAUGUGAUAUCAUAAACACCGAUCGAGCCAUGGGAACUUCUCUAUCAUAUCAAGUUUCUAAGAAAUAUGGUGAGGAUGGUCUUCCACUAGAUACAAUUCAUGUCAACAUCAAAGGAUCAGCUGGACAAUCAUUUGGUGCAUUUCUAGCCCCUGGUAUAACCUUGGAACUUGAGGGUGAUGCCAAUGAUUACGUUGGUAAGGGCCUAUCUGGAGGUCGUCUUGUUAUUUAUCCUCCCCGUACAGCUAUUUUCAAAGCAGAAGAGAAUGUGCUGAUUGGAAACACAUGUUUAUACGGUGCAACUAGCGGUAUUUGCUUCUUCCGCGGCGUUGCUGCUGAGAGGUUUGCCGUCCGAAACUCCGGAGCAACGGCGGUCGUGGAGGGAGUAGGGGAUCAUGGAUGUGAAUAUAUGACUGGUGGUAGAGUUUUAAUCUUAGGCAGUACUGGUCGUAAUUUCGCGGCAGGUAUGUCCGGAGGGAUUGCCUAUAUCCUUGACAUCCAACAAGAUUUUGUGACCAAAUUAAACCAAGAAAUGGUUGAGGUUUCAGGACUCGACAACCCAACAGAGAUUUCAUAUGUGCGUGGCUUGAUUGAGGACCAUCAUCAUUAUACUGGCUCCGAACUAGCUGCGCGCAUCCUCCUUGACUUCAAUCGCGCAUUACCAAGAUUCGUAAAGGUUCUACCAGUUGACUAUAAACGUGUCCUAGCCGAGGAAGCCAUAAAAGCUGCCGAAGCAAAGCGUUCGGCUUAUCAACUCCCAAUCCUUCCCGGGACAUCCUUAAGGGAAAAUCACAAUCAUGUGAAAAAACCUAAUGCUCUUCAGGACAUUGAAGAGACCAUCGAAGAUGCUGCAGUUGAAAAGAAGAGGUCGCUCGUACUAGACAAGACCAAAGGUUUCAUGAAAUAUCAGCGCAGAUCAGAGAAGUAUCGUUCUGCAAAGACCCGAGUACGUGACUGGGCAGAGCUCUCAGGUCGUCUCAACGAAGAUGAACUCAAAUAUCAGGCAGCACGGUGCAUGGACUGCGGUGUACCCUUCUGCCAGUCUGACACAGGAUGCCCAAUCUCGAAUAUUAUCCCGAAAUGGAACGAGCUUGUAUUCCAGAACCAAUGGAGGGAUGCACUCAAUCGAUUGCUCAUGACAAACAACUUCCCUGAAUUCACCGGUCGAGUCUGCCCUGCACCAUGUGAAGGUGCUUGCGUUCUGGGUAUUAAUGAAGAUCCCGUUGGUAUCAAAUCAAUCGAGUGUGCCAUCAUUGAUCGUGGAUUUGACAUGGGUUGGAUGAUACCUAAUCCUCCAAGUGUCCGGACGGGAAAAAGUGUGGCUAUUGUUGGUUCUGGUCCAGCUGGCCUCGCUUGUGCUGAUCAACUUAACAAAGCUGGUCACACUGUCACUAUCUAUGAGCGAUCCGAUCGUCCUGGCGGUCUCCUCAUGUAUGGUAUCCCUAAUAUGAAACUCGACAAGAAAGUAGUUAACCGUCGAAUUGAGUUUAUGGCUGCUGAAGGCAUAACGUUUAAAACAGGAGUCACAGUUGGGCAGGAAGUAUCACUCAUGGAACUCAAGGCCAAAAACGAUGCGGUUGUUAUAGCUACUGGAGCCACAGUUGCCCGCGACCUAAACAUUAAAAACCGAUCUUUGGAAGGGAUUCACUUUGCGAUGGAAUUUCUUCACGCGAAUACAAAAUCUCUCUUAGACUCUGGUCUUACUGAUGGGGCAUAUAUAUCUGCCCGUGAUAAGCAUGUCGUUGUUAUUGGAGGUGGCGAUACCGGAAAUGAUUGCAUAGGUACCUCGGUUCGUCAUGGCGCUAAGUCCGUGACUAAUUUUGAGCUCUUACCCCAGCCUGCUAAAGAGCGUGCCCGUGAUAAUCCUUGGCCACAAUGGCCCAGGGUAUAUCGUGUAGAUUAUGGCCAUGCUGAAGUAAAACAACACAUGGGACAAGAUCCCCGCGAGUAUUGUGUCAUGUCACAAGAGUUUGUUGACGAUGGGAAUGGCAAGGUCAAAGGUAUCAACACUCAUCGUGUUGAGUGGACUAAAUCUGCUACUGGAGGCUGGGACAUGAAGAAAGUUGAGGGAUCAGAACAUUUUUUCCCUGCUGAUCUCGUUCUUCUGUCGAUGGGAUUCUUAGGACCCGAAGCCCGUGUACUAGACGAUAGCAUUGAAAAGGAUGCAAGGAGUAAUAUUAAAACUUCGGCAGGGAAGUAUCACACAAAUGUCGAGGGUAUAUUUGCAGCUGGCGAUUGCCGCAGAGGCCAAUCCCUGAUUGUCUGGGGAAUCAAUGAGGGUCGCCAAUCCGCCCGCGAGAUAGAUUUGUGGCUUGAAGGCUCAACAAGACUUCCUGUCACCGGAGGUAUUGUUAAACAUAAUGCUAAUGAGAUUCCUUUGAAAGCAGAGUAG